GCUCACCGUCGCUCACGCUGACCCAUCUCCCAAGCAUGGUCACCAUGAGCACGCAAAUUCAAAAAUCCAUGACGUCACUUCGCUCACAGAAAACGCUCACCAAAUAAAUCGGACCGACCGUGAGCGCGUUGAUAGCGCUGUAAGCGUAAAUCGGACCGCAGCCAUAGAGGACACGGGAGAAAACAUAAUACUUAAGUUAACAGCAGCAGAAGCUGCGAGAGCAAAGAAAAACGAAGCAUUUCUAUUGCAAUUGAUAAAUGAAGAAAAGCGAAAAAAUGUGACAGUUCCUCAGAUCUGCGAAACCAGUGAAGGAAAUGUUUGUAUGGAGGAAGAUUUAUCUCCUGGUCCAUCUUCGUUUGCUUCAGAGGCAGAUACCCUGCAUAUCCCAUCGUCUGACACUUCGAUACGAAAUGUCGAUGAGUCAACUGAGAAUGACAAGUCUUUAUUCAUAUGGUCAUCGAAGAAUGUAUAUUUGCUCUUGGAAAGAUAUGAGGAACGGAUGAAUGAGUUCUCAUCAGGUACAAAACGUCAUUCAAAAAUCUGGAGUAGCAUUGCAAGCGAUAUGAACAAAAUUGAUCCAGGAAUUGCAGUGUCAGGCACACAAUGUCAGUCAAAAAUGAACAGCAUGAAAAAAUGUAUCGAAAUAUCAUAGACCACAAUAACAUAUCAGGAAAGGAUCGAAAGUCAUGGCAAUAUUUUGAGAAAAUGUAUGAAUUAUUCGGAAAAUCAGGAUGGGCCAAUCCGAAAGCAAUAGCAACAGAGGCUGGACCUUCAUCCUCGGCAAGUUCAACAGAUGAGAAUAUGAAUAUUAUGGAAAUGCCUGCCACUAAGAAGCCAAAAUCUGAAAAAGUUUUAGAUAAAUUUAUGAAGCAAAUGAAACAAGAUAGACAGGA